AUGAAACGGCCGACAAAGACUCUGGCAUUUGCAGAGCUCCAAGCAUGGCGUCAAGAUAAUCCGUAUAUCCUCACGGGCUAUCGGCCUAAUUUGCCUAGUAUGGCAGCCUGCCUGAAGUCUAUCUUCGCAUAUUUUCACAACGAAACAGUCAACAUUCACACUCAUUUAUGGGGCGCAGUCGCAUUCUGCCUGUUGAUAUUUUCGCUGAGCCAGCCCUCACAAUACAUCCCAUGGGGGCUUCGAGGCCUCCUGGAUGGCUCCAAGCUGGCGAGCUCGGUCACGUGGAAAGACACCUUCGUUUUCGGGACCUUCUUCCUCACCGGAAUGUCGUGCCUCGGCUUCAGCGCUCUGUUCCAUACGUUUUCCUGCCAUAGCCAUAAAGUCUGCUCCACCUUUGGUCGAUUGGACUACAUUGGGAUCGUUUGGUUAACUGUUGGCUCCUUUUACCCAUCCAUAUACUACGGCUUUUUCUGUCAUGGGAAGGUGAUCGCCACUUACUUAAUCAUGAUAACUACCCUGGGUGCCUUUGCUACCUACACAGUAGUCUCUCCUAACUAUCGCUCUAACAGUGGUCGCCGCGAUCGUACGAUUGUAUUCGUUGCUCUAGGUCUCAGUGGUAUCUUUCCAGUAACACAUGGAAUUAUUUCGCAUGGCUUACUAGAUGCAGCCAACAGAGUCGGGCUAUGGUGGCUCCUGGGCUCGGGAGCCAUGUACAUCCUCGGGGCGGUAUUUUAUGCCGAACGAUUUCCUGAACGGCUGAUUCCAGGAAAGUUCGACCUCAUGGGCUCCAGUCAUCAGAUAUUCCACACGCUCAUCCUAAUUGCUGCUGGAAUGCAUUACAUGUCGGUCUUGAAGGCAUUUCAGUUUGCCCAUAAUCCGGCCAACUCCAGUUGUCUAUUGUAA